AUUUUUCUUUUUCAUUUGCUUUUGAGAAGACAUGUUGAAAUCCUUCGUUUGGUGUCAUAAUAUGAUGCCCAUAUAUAGUUGUCAGUCGGAUUUAAUGGGCGGGAUUUAUGGUAAUUGAGAAUUGAGCGUGCACGCGCGUCCCAUUUACGACUGAUUGGAAUUCAUUAACACGCACACACAUUUCACUAUCACAUCUGACGUUUACGAAGUAUUUGUGAAUCAGGAGAAGAGUUUUCGGGAAGGUCUCGUUACGCGCAAAUCACUCACAUAUUUACUCGUAUAUUUAUGAAUGUUUCAUGAAUGAGACCCUUUGUGUGUACUUGCUGGUUUUGAUAAAUAUAUUAUUCUCAUAUUCUCAUAUUAUUAUACUCAUUUCACAUUCGCCAUUUCUGUUUUGACUAAAACUAAUGAAAAACUGAAUGGCAGUUUAUGAUCACAUUGAAAACCUAAAAUCAGAUGAUAAUUUUUUUUAAUUUUACUAAGACCUAAUGUCCAUUUGUCAUGGACAUUAAACUUCAAAUCCUGUGUUCUUCAGCUCUGAAAGAUCUUCAAAUUAACUCUGAAUAUUAUCACUUGAUACUGUUAAGAUUAUAAUAGGUGCAAGUUGAUGAACUACCAUGAACAUAAAUCUGCAUAUAAAACAUGGAAAAGGAGCUCUUCCUCCUGUCUAGUUGGUUAGCCAUGCCUGUCAUUUGUGAUUCCUGAAGCUCAAUCAUAUUAAGCUAUUGGUCAUAAUUCAUUGUGAUUGGUAGAUCAGGGACCAAUCAGUGACCAGGCAGUACUUAUAUUAUAAAAACAUGAAAUUUUACUGGUUUAAACCAAAAUCCAUGUGAUGUCCAUUCCAAUGGAUGUAGAGUCUGUAGCAUUUCUGAUUCUGAUGCACUGUUCUCACAUUCUCGUAAAAACUACGGCUUGCAUGAUAUGCUGAUUAAUCAAUCAAAAAAUCAAUAUUUUCUGGGGGAAAAGACUCAAUUUAUCAUUCAAAAACAUUAAAUAAUUGCUGCAGAUGUGUAAAAUAAUAAAUAGAAUUUAGUGACAAAACGGUGGUUUUAAAGAUCAAUGUAUUGUUUCCCCAUAUCAUUCAAUCAAAAUAUAUUAAUGGCUUACAGUCCUCAACAGUGCAUUUCACAAGUGAGUCCGUAGACUUCAGGAUCUCACGUAUGAAUAUCGCAUUUUUAAGAUGCUGUGUCAAAUUUAAAAUAUUCAGUGUUCACUUUGCUCCUCAGUUUGAAUGGGCACGAAGCUUCUGGUUUCAUGCUUGGGCAGCUGAUGAUGAAAGAGAGCUGCAAACGCUACAGAAAGGCACAGUCACGAUUUUCACAUAAUUUUUAAACACGGAAGAGCCAUAAAAUAGUCAUAAUGCCCUUCCGAGCGAACACUUAAGAGCAUGUUGAGUGAAGUAGACUGAGGCAGUAAUGUCAUGAUUCAUUAUAUGGAUGUUUUAAUAGAUGUCGUACAGUAGAUGCUGAGGAUAGACAUUAUUAGACAAGUUUAAUUUUAGAUGGACUAGCCAGUCCACCCAUGAUGAAUGUGGCAUACAAAGUGGCAUAUCAAAUGACUGCAUUUUAGUCCGUCUGUCUGUUUACUUUUAUUUAUUUACUUACCAUACUUUUUUAAUUAUGUAUUUGUUUUAAAUCUUACUAUAUUUCUAAUUAUGUUUUAUUCACUUUAGACAAACCUUUACUACUUCAACAUAACUAUAAAACAUUAUUAUAUGGUGCUUUGGAAAACUUGAUUUUGAAUGGUCAUUCACAGCAUUCUGUUUCUGUGGUCGGGUAUUCUUGUGUAAUAUCCACUAAACUCUCAGUUUCUCACUAAAUGGCAUUAGGCAACCAAUUUUGCAUUAUAUCUGUACUAGCAUCAUGCAUCUCGUAUUACUGUGUGGUCUCUAUCUUCUCACAUACUAAAAUAAGUCAAUAUUUCAUUUUAUUUAUUUAUUUAUUUAUUUAUUUGGCAAGUAGCCAUAUAAUAAGUGGGAUAAUGUACAGUCAUCCUGUCAUCAUCACAAAACAAACCUCCUUUUAUACCCCAAAGAUACAACACCUCUCUUGUAUGUCCAGGUAUAUUGUGAUUUAAAUUCUGUAUUUUUGUGUCAUCUAAGUAAAUGAGUGCUUCACCAGUUCAACUGCUUCUAAACAUACUCAAAUUAUGGCUGGCUCAUCAUUGUGCAUUAUUGCUAGAGAGAUGGAGAGAGAAGAGGGAGUGUCUGUGUCUUGAGUUCAGACUCUUUCGGUAUCCAUACGGAAUAUAAUGUCUGAGGAGGACCAUGACACACUAGUCCGUGGAGACCAAAGCCACAGAGAUUUCCGCCGUACAGUUGAUGUUGUUGUGGAGGAAUUUCUAACACCGUGACUUUAAUCUGCUUUUAUUUUAAAAGGACGUUAUUUGAAAGGAUUCGUAGUGCAGGCUUUACUGUACAGUUUACAUUUGUGGUUUGUUUACAGCGUAAUGCAUCAGUGAUUACCUUCGAGUCUACAGGAAUUCAGAAUUGUUCCGGGAAUGGAGUCUUUAAGGACUUGUUGCUGCAAAGUAGUUUAAAGAAACAUUGAUCAAACAAGAUGAGUUGCUUUUUUUCUAAAAUCGUUCAAUUGGAAUCUAGAAUGACCUCUUGACCUCUGUAAAUUUUCUUAAAGUAAUCGCAUAGCUACUCGCAGUUAGCACUCGUUACAAUGGUUAUUCAGGGCAUGGAGCUGUUUGCAGUUGCUGUAGUGCUUCUUAUGUUUAUAAUGGUACUCAAACAGUUCGGUAUCAUGGAGCCACUGCUGGACGACAGCGUUGACAGUGAUCUGGAGUUGUCCAUGGUGCGACAUCAGCCAGAGGGUCUGGAGCAGCUCCAGGCUCAGACCAAGUUCACUAGGAAGGAGCUGCAGUCGCUCUACAGAGGCUUCAAAAAUGAGUGUCCCAGCGGAUUGGUGGAUGAGGAGACAUUUAAAUUGAUCUAUUCCCAGUUCUUCCCUCAAGGAGAUGCUACGACAUACGCACAUUUUCUCUUCAAUGCUUUUGACAUGGACCGAAGUGGCUCUAUACGUUUUGAGGACUUUGUAAUCGGCCUGUCUGUUCUGCUUCGAGGUUCUGUGACAGAGAAACUGAGGUGGGCCUUUAACCUCUAUGACAUUAAUAAAGACGGCUAUAUCACCAAAGAGGAAAUGCUGGCUAUCAUGAAGUCCAUCUAUGAUAUGAUGGGCAGGCACACCUCUCCUUGUGUCAAAGAUGAUGCUGCAUUUGAACACGUGGAGAAAUUCUUCCAGAAAAUGGACCGCAACCGAGACGGAGUUGUAACCAUUGAUGAGUUCAUAGAGGCCUGUCAGAAGGACGAGAACAUUAUGAGCUCCAUGCAGCUGUUUGAGAAUGUCAUCUAGAGCGCAGCAUGAAGUGCAGAAUGAUCCUUGCUCUUUUUCCAGCAACGUUCCAUUAGUCCUCAAGCGCUCCACAGGGACUCUCUAGAAACACUUCUGUUUUGUACCUAGGCCUUGCACAUCAUCUGUAGCAUGUGAAUGAACAUUUUGUUUGAUUGCAUUGAAUGCUAUAACAGGAUGUGGGCCGCCUGCGAGUGUGCCAUUAUUGUAUGUCUCAAUUUAAUCUUAAGUAUUCAAGACAGGUUGUAAAUGCGUCUUUGUAUAUAUGUAGAUAUAUAUGUGCCCUUAUACUGGUUGAUUGCUGCCUAAAUCAAUGAAUUUUUGCAUGUUUGUCUGCUAUUUGUCUGGCCCAUUGUAAUUUUAUAUAAAGAAAUAAAGGUAUCUGUGAAUGAC